AUGAUCAAGCUGGUAGUUCUGUUCGCUCUGGUAGCCGUAGCAAGUGCGGGGGUGAUUGCUCCAAUCGUCCCUGUUGCUCACCCAGUGGUUCAUCACGUGGCCCCAGUGGUUCCAGUGGCAUCAGUGCACUCCGCAGUGGUUCACCACAGACCCAUCGUCCACGCCCCGUUGGUACACGCGCCACUGGUUCACGCACCACUGGUUCACGCUGCACCAGUGGUCCCCAUUGUUAAACACCAUUCACCGAUCCUUCUCCACCAUUAA